UCAAAGUAAUCCCAGGACACCCCCACCUCACCCUCGGGCUAUGAUGGGACCCUCAGACAUGCCUGAGCGGUCCUCACCCGGUAUCUGACAGCUCCCUCUCGGCCUGGUUGAGGUUCUCUACGGAAACCGGUUUUUCGACAUCUCUUCCUUCUCACCGUCACUAUGUUCUGCUUUAACUCAAGGGCUGUGAAUAUGGCUCCCACUCAAGCAGGAAGGAAAGUGUUUGAAAAUCUUUGCUGACUUAUCUACAUUCGCUCCUCCCUCCUCCCUCCGUGUCACUGGAUCAAGAAUGACCGUGAAAGUUUGUUUCCUUGCUCUUUGCCCGAAUGUUAUUGUACCUCUCGUGAAACGGUGACGUUUGUUGUGUGCACGCAAUCUCCGAGCUCAGGCCUGGAGGCGAGACUGUUCAACUCGAAUCUCUUCAGUGGAAAUGGGAGCUGCUUCACUCUGAUUGGUGAAGGCUAGCUUAACUUCAGGGUCAGUGAGUGCAGAGGCAGAUUGUGUUCAAAUAGCCAACACACACUGGACUUUGGAGGUAGUGAUUGACUGAGUGUGAAGUUCAUUCUCUCAAUCCCCGCAGCAAGAACAGGUUAACGUCAGGAAGGAUCCAGGUAGCAGCAAAGCAAGCUUUAGCCAGCAGGGAUGGCAGAAGCUCACCAGGCUGUGGCCUUUCAGUUCACUGUCACCCCUGAUGGCAUUGACUUACACCUGAGCCACGAGGCUCUGAAACAGGUCUAUCUGUCUGGCCUGCGCUCCUGGAAGAAGAGGAUCUGCCGAUACAGGAAUGGUAUCCUGACUGGAGUUUACCCAGCCAGCCCCUCCAGCUGGCUCUUCGUGGUGGUUGCAGUGAUUGCGACAACGUAUGCACGGAUGGAUCCCUCCCUGGGAAUGAUCGACAAGAUCAGAGAUCACCUUCCCACCAAUGGUUACCUGUCGAAUCAGACUGAAAGCGUUCUCAGUGCUUUGCUGUUUGGCACAGCUCUCUGGCUGGCCCUGGUUUUCACAAUGCGGCAGACUCUCAAACUGCUGCUCUCCUAUCACGGCUGGAUGUUUAUUGAACACGGAAAACCACCGCCCCAUGUCAAACUCUGGAUGUUGCUGGUGAAAAUAUUCUCUGGCCGCAAGCCCCUGAUGAACAGUUUCCAGACGUCUCUGCCCCGAUUGCCUGUGCCAUCAGUGAAGGACACCAUGAGGAGGUACCUGGAGUCAGUGCAGCCACUUCUGGAUGAGGAGAAAUUCAAGCGGAUGCAAGCACUCGCUCGGGACUUUGAGCUGAAAACAGCGCCAAGGCUGCAGUGGUAUCUGAAGCUGAAAUCAUGGUGGGCCACCAACUAUGUCAGUGAUUGGUGGGAGGAGUAUGUCUAUCUUCGAGGACGUGGACCAAUCAUGGUGAACAGCAAUUACUACGCAAUGGAUUAUUUGUACAUUGUUCCAACCACAAAGCAGGCAGCUCGAGCUGGGAACACCAUUCACGCCAUGUUGCUGUACCGGCGGAAACUUGACCGUGAGGAGAUUCGCCCUGUCUACCUGAGGGAAGCGCCAGUCCCUCUCUGCUCCUGGCAGUUUGAGUGGCUGUUUAACACAACACGCAUCGCUGGGCUCCACACAGACACUCUGCAGCACUUGAAGGACAGCAAACACAUAGCCGUCUACCACCGGGGACGUUUCUACAAGGUCUGGCUCUAUCACAAUGGCAGGCUUCUCAAACCCCGUGAGAUCCAAACUCAGAUGCAGAAGAUCCUCGAUGACCAGUCACCAGCCCAGCCUGGGGAGGAGAAACUGGCAGCACUGACUGCAGGAGACAGGGUCCCCUGGGCUAAAGCACGUAGGUCAUUCUUCAGCCAGGGCAAGAACAAGGUGUCAUUGGACACCAUCGAGAAAGCUGCUUUCUUUGUGACACUGGAUGACACCGAGCAGGGAUUCAGGAAGGAGGAUCCCAUGACAUCCCUCGAUAGUUACGCCAAGUCUCUCCUUCACGGCAAGUGCUACGACAGGUGGUUUGAUAAAUCUUUAAGUUUUAUUAUUUUUAAAAACGGGAAGAUUGGUCUGAAUGCUGAACACUCGUGGGCAGAUGCUCCGAUCAUUGGGCACCUCUGGGAGUCGAUCCUGGCCACUGACCAGUUCCAGCUGGGAUACACGGAGGAGGGGAAUUGUAAGGGGGAAGCUAAUGGGCAGAUUCCACUGCCCCAGCGCCUGCAGUGGGAGAUCAGUGAGCCGUGUCAGGAAGUGAUCACGCAGUCUCUGAGUGUGGCGCAGCAACUGGCUGACGAUGUGGACUUCCACUCCUUCCCUUUCGAUGACUUUGGCAAAGGCCUCAUCAAACGGUGCAGAAUCAGCCCCGAUGCCUUUGUACAGAUGGCACUGCAGCUGGCACAUUACUGGGACAAAGGCUCCUUCUGUCUGACGUAUGAAGCCUCCAUGACCCGGCUGUUCAGAGAGGGCCGCACUGAGACUGUUCGUUCCUGCAGCACUCAGGCCACCAAGUUUGUACUGGCCAUGAUGGACCCAACUCAGACGAGGGAACAGAAGCUGAAACUGUUUAAACAGGCAGCGGAGAAACAUCAGGAUCUGUAUCGUCAUGCCAUGACAGGAGCUGGCAUCGACCGGCACCUCUUCUGUCUUUAUGUGGUGUCCAAAUACUUAGGAGUAGAGUCUCCGUUCCUGAAGGAGGUACUGUCAGAGCCCUGGAAACUGUCCACCAGCCAGACUCCCCACCAGCUGCUUGACCUCGUGGAUGUCAACAGAUUUCCCCAGUAUGUCUCGAGCGGAGGGGGUUUUGGCCCGGUGGCUGAUGAUGGUUAUGGAGUCUCAUACAUUAUGGUUGGAGAGACACUCAUCAACAUGCACAUCUCGUGUAAAUUCUCCAGUCCUGAGACGGAUUCUCACCGCUUUGGGAAGCAUUUCCGACAGGCUAUGCUCGAUAUCCUGUCCCUGUUCAACUUGAACAACAGGCCCAGCCAGUAACAUGAACCACAGCCGUGCAGCUCACUGCGGAGCAACCUUCAGGAGCGUGGCACAGAAUAGUUUGACAGCUGGCGUCUUGGCAUUACUCUUCCCCCAUUGCCACUCUUCCUGGGAGCCCUGAACUUCCAUUCUGGGUGGAAUGUUUUGUCUGUCUUUGCGGUUUCAGAGAUCACAGAGGCUGGACUGAGCUCAGGGUGAUUGGGGAUGGCGGGGUGUGUGGAGAGGGGUUGGUGGUGGUGUGAACAGCCCUGCCCUCUUUUGGAGUUGGUGGGGGGGGGGGGGUGCAAUUGUAUUGAGUCUCACCCGAGGUUAGUGCACAGGGAGGUGCUAUCAAUGAAUCUUGCUUCACAACCUCACCUCCAUUUGUGAUAAUUAAAGAGAGCUUCUUCAUCUUG